AUGGAACCACUCUUAUUGUCAUCCCAGGAGAUUUCAGGAUUCCCGUCUUCGGAAACAACAUCAGAAGUACCCCACUCUUCACCUGCAGAAUCACAACCGGUACCCCCUUCGCUAUGUGCAAGAUUGGCAGUGCCCCCUUGUCCAUCUGUGACAUCUGUAGUACCCCCUCCUUCAUCUAUGACAUCAACUGUACCUGCUUCACCAUGUGCAAUGUCUUUAUCUACGACAUCAGCAGCGCCCCCUUUUCCAGCUACAAUAUUGGCAGCACCCAACUCAGAACCUCACCAAAGGCAGUUGGAUCUGCUGGAGGAGCCCAUGGAGUGUAAAGCAUCAGUAGUGCAAAAAGACCAUAGUUAUACACUUCCACCCCCAGUUUCUCUCCACUUCCCUGUAGCUUCACCAGUAUCCAGCGAUAUUCCUGCAGCUUCACAACCAGAGGCCUCAAGCACAGAUGCCCCUUCGCCCCAGACUUCAAUUGAGGACGCUGCAUCGUAUCCUGACACAACGACGCGGGUGUCUUACGGUGUCGGAAGUUUAAGAGUAGUGCGAUGCCCUCACUGCUCGCUUCGUCUUUACAAAAAAAACCUGCAUGCCCAUAUGAAGAGGAAGCACGGAGGGCUGAAAGACAUCACUGCUGCUUCACAUCUUAAAAAUGUGUGUGUUGAUGAGACACGUGGAAUAUUUGCUGUCCAAAGAGUUGCUCAUGGGUUCUCUGUGCCGAUACAUGUACAGCGUAAAACAUGGGGAAAUCAUCAUCAGGUAAGGUGUGGGCUGGAGGAAUGUCACAAGUACCAGUUGCUUGCAAAGCAGAGUGGGCUAAUUUACAGUCUGUGUGAACACAUUCGAUCAUUGGACUACUGCACCAAGAUUGCAUGCGAGGACUUUCUUUAUCCAGAGUUUCUUGGGGAAUUGGUGUCUCUGCAUAUUGUCGAAGAGUCCAUGAUGGGCACCUGCCAGCUGAGGCAAGAAGCAGCAGAGAAAGACCAUGUGCCUUUUUCUGUAUUAGUGGAUUUGGGAGGUUCCACACAUCAACUUUGUCUCUCUGUUCAUGAGCCCAAAAUAUGCAGUUUCUCCUCCUUUGGCAGAGUUAUAGUUACUUAUAAUUUGAAAAAACAAACCUGGCACUGCCCCUGUACCAGCCCUCAAAAAUCCUGUCCACAUAAGAGCAUUGGCAAAUGGCACAUAUUCCAAACCAGGAAAGAUCUCCUGCCUGCAUCAACUCAAGAGACAUUUCAGUCUCAUUCUAAUCCUGCUUCCACAGAGCUGGAGAGAAGUGUGAGAUACACUUACGCAGAGAAGAAAAUACCUGCAACUCUUCCUGGAGCUGCCACUGCUCCUAGAGCGCUGACCGAUUAUCCUGCAUGUUUGAUUCCUACUGAAGAAACAUGUAAACUCUGUCCAGGCCAUCCCAGAUUAGAAGAUGGAUGUCUCAUCACAGACAAAGCUACAAUAGUUGGCAUGAACGGUGUAAAUCACAACACCUCGACUUGCAAUAAAAGAUGCCCUAAAUGCCACAUGGACUACCGGUACCAGGAAUGGCAAGAUGGUCUUCACAACUUUAAUGACCAUGUCAUCUUGACACUACAUUUUUGCCUCUAUAUGCGGUACAACCUACAGAAUCAUGUGUCAGUGUCCAGAAUGAUCAGCUGUUUGGAGAGUUUUCUGGGCCAAAAGUUUCCUGCGGUCAACAUCAUUUUCCAAGCCUAUUGUCACUUUGAAGCACUGAACAACACAGAGUACAGUUACUCCUGUAUGAACUGUGGCUUUUUCCCUGCUGUUGUCAUGAUGGACCUCCACAGAAACCGUGUCUCCAAACUGAAGAUGAGUGAAUUGAAAACACCCCCUGAAGACUUUGAUGGAGAGCACAAGAUCGAGGACUUCUGGGAAUCUGUUCAUCUGGAAAUGAUCAGUCGAGGCUUUUUUCCCAACUCUUCAACAAAUCCAUUUGUGGUUCAUCCAUCUUAUGAACACUGGGCUCCUUGGAUUGGGAAGGAAACCCGUAAAUCUGACUGUGUCCUCAACACUGAAUUCAGAAAGAUGCCAACAUCUGAAACUGAGGGAAAACUGAGCAGUGUGACUACCGACCGUCUUUGUGAAGAUUUGUUCAAACAAAAUGAAUCAACUCUACAAAGUCUGUGCAAAAGUUGCGGUGUUGAUUCUAAUGGAUGUCGUGUAGAUCUGAUCUUGCGGCUGAGGGAGAAUCUGAGUGAUCGUCAGACCUUUGUCAAAGUGUAUCAGUCUAUCUGGGGUACCUCUGGAGGAUGGUGUGUAGUUUCUUGCCCCCAUGGCAUCGUUUACAGUCUGAAAUUCAACCUGCAGACAGUAAGUCCGAGAGAUUUCGCCGACCUUCUGCUGUCAUGGAAACAUUUCCCAAAUGUCUGCCUGUAUGACUCUGCACAUGGCUUAGCAACACACACAAAUUCAAGAGUUCCUGACAAACCCCCAUUUCAUCCACAUGAAGGAAAACCAGCUGCUCAGACAACAAAAAACUUGACUAAAGCUGUUCAUCGAAAAUUCAAAGUGUCCCUGCCAUGGCUCAGAGAAAAACUUGAGCAUUCAGAAGAAAAUGGACAUCCGAUAACUGGAUCAAGCCACCAUUAUGCACUUCACCAGGGUAACACAAAGGACCCACAUGAUGUGUUACGAAGGGUUAAUCUGGUACCAGAACUCAAGGACUGUGUAAAUAAUAAGUCAGUGAAGCGGCUGCUCGCUUACAUGAGAAAAAACAAUUAUUUCCUCAACAGCAUGACUCCUUCCACACACGUAUUCCUAAUGAGGAACAUGAUCCAACACAGGAAUGCUCGUUGUAACACACAGCUUGUGGAAACAGUUAAAAAUUAGUUCAGUAACACUAACUUUUGGACCCCAUUGUCAAGUCUGAUAUGGGUCAGACUGCCAUGGAUGUGUAGAUCAGAAAGUCCUCACUGAUGCUAAUCACAUGAAACAAUUUCAUUUUGAAAGGAUUCAAUGUAUAAAUCACACAAAUAUUUAGUUUAUUUCUUUGAAAAGGCUAAUUUUCCUAAAACAGCCGGUCACUGUAAUAACUUAAAUUAUUACUCA